GAGAACGUUGUUAGCAUACAUUGAAGCAUUCACAAUGGCAGCAAUUGUCUAUCUCUUCGUCAAUUACAUCAAGCAGCCAAUUGCAUAGAAAUCACCGACUGCAUGAGCCUCGCAUGUCCAAUUUAUUACUCAAGUCGAACAGAUCGGCAGUAUCGGCCUGGUUCAAUAUUUAACAGCAUAGACUCGGAACGUGUUGGUAAUGUGCUAUCUGUGCCAGCCAAUUGCAAAGCAUCGGCACCUUCGAGUCAGAAUAUAGAACCAGUGGUUUUUAACAAUUCGAACGUAGCGUUUGAUGUCGCACUCACCUGCUGAAACGAUAGUAGGGCAGCCUCCUGUCGCUCCAGCCAAGCACGACAGCACGGCAUUGGAAAACGUCGUCUAUACCACGGAUUUUGGCUUUCUUCCCAUUCCGAAGAGGCUUCGCUACGAUCCUGAGAAACCCUUUCAGUUUGGCCUACUUCUAAAUGCCUCUUUCGGUUUUGCUAGCACGUUCAUCGUUGCCAACUUGUACUAUUGUCAACCAUUGCUAAUUGAAUUUUCGAAAUCUUUUAACGUGACGUACGAUGAGGUUUCUCGGAUUCCAACGCUGGUGCAAGCAGGUUAUGCAAUCGGAUUGCUACUGAUAUCUCCAUUGGGUGACUUAGUUCGUCGACGACAGCUAGUUCUAUCCCUAGUGCUAGUCUCAACGUGCCUAACGAUUGGACUGACCAUCACGAGCAACUUACGAGUCUUUGAGGCCUUAUGUUUGCUCAUAGGAAUUGUUACAGUUACGCCUCAAAUUCUUAUGCCCUUGGCAGCAGAUCUUGCUCCGCCUGAACGCCGUGCAUCUGCCAUAUCAGUUGUAUUAUCAGGCCUCAUGCUGGGUGUGCUCAUAGCUCGAGUGCUUGCUGGAGUUAUUGGGAAUUUCAACAGCUGGAGGAUCGUAUAUUAUAUGGCAAUAGGUGUUCAGUGCCUUGUGCUCGUUGGUUCAUAUUUUAUCCUCCCGGACUACCCUCCCAAAAACCGAGAUUUGACAUACUUUAAAAUCCUCUAUUCCAUGGCAAAAUAUGCUGUUACAGAACCACUUGUUAUACAGGCGGCGCUCAUAAACAUAGCUUCCAGUGCUACUUUCACGAGCUUCUGGGUAACUUUGACUUUUCUGCUUGGUGGGCCACCAUAUCAUUACUCCACUCUGGUGAUUGGACUGUUUGGACUCGUUGGAAUGCUGGGAGUAUUCGUGGGGCCGCUUUCUGGACGUUUGAUCGAUCGUCUCGUGCCGUGGUAUGCCACUUUAGUUGCCACUUUCAUGCUCGUGGUAUUCCAGGGGGUACAGACUGCAGCUGGCGGAAUCAACGUUGCCGCGGUUAUUCUAGCGUGUUUUGGUUUGGACGUUUUUAGGCAAAUGCAGCAAGUUUCUUUGGCGACAUCAGUGUUCAGCAUCUCAUCGGCUGCACGUGCUCGUCUUAACGCUAUUUUGAUUCUAUCGCUUUUCAUUGGUCAAGUGAUUGGGACGUCUGUUGGGACGCAAGUUUUCACUAAAUAUGGUUGGCGAGCGGCAUCCGGCCUAUCGAUGGCAUUGUUUGGAUGGCAGUUUUUCAUCUUGUUGUUACGAGGACCGCAUUGUUCACGAAAGCGAUGGUUUGGUUACGAAGGUGGUCUUGAAGCUAGAAAGGAUGUGAUAGCGCAAAGAGAAGCAAAACGUGACAUAGAGUUAAAUGACCCCGAAAAGAAUCGAGAGAAAUCCACUGCACCUCUGGCAAUAUCCCACGAGGAUGGGAAGGUGGGUGAAAAACUGACACAUGGAGCGGGGACCGAGACGGAAAAGAAGGAUGACGCACAGACAGAAAAGACAGACCCAUCUACGAACGUUUAGAUUAAAUGAUAUCACGAUAUCUUAGGAGUAUAAAAGAAUAGACUUGAGACUUGACAUAAUUGUGAACAUGUGCCUGAAAGCGAAUGUGAAAGUGUAGUUGUCAGU